GACUUCGAAUCCUGCAGCCGCUGGUCGGCCCCAGGACCAGGCAAGCCUGGGCGGAGGCCCUGAUCCACCAGCGCCGGGACCCUGGGAAGCCAAGUCCUGCCUCCGCCCCUUUUCCUGCCCCGGUCGUAGGAGAAGCCUCAACCAAAAGCUGAGGUGAAUAAACUGGCAGCCCCUCCAUGGAAUAGAGGAGCCUGCCAGAGGGCUGGAAGACCUGGAUUCAAGUGGUGCUUUAACACACUGGAUACCUGUGGGCAAGUGACACUGGAAAAGAAGAAAAAGAAUUAGCCCUUCAAGAAAAGACUUUUUUCAAAGACUACAUUAAAAGUACAACUGAAUGACGUCACCUUCAAAUAUUUCACCUAAACCACUAAAGUAUUGAUUAAAGGCACUUAGAAGUUAUUGGGUUUCUGCUUUGAGUGAAAGAAUCUAAGUAAUGUUUGUUGUCAGCAAUCUACACUGAAGAAUAUCAGCAUGGAACUUCAAAAAGAAACUUUUCAGAAAAUGUUAAGGUAUCCAAAAAAAGGAUUAGUAAGAUUUGACCAAUCAGAUGAAAGCACCUAUCUGGCCAAUUUGGCAGUUAAGAGGAACGCCAGUGCCUUUUUUGAAAAAUUUGACCGGAGUGAGAUUCAAGAAUUACUUGCUACAGCACUUGUCAGCUGGCUCUCUGGAAAAGAGGAUACUCGCUCACACACAGAACUUCCUGAUGGACUUAUAAGUCAAUUGAAAAAUGUUGGCUUCUCCACUGCAAUCCUGCUGGCACCAGUGGAUCCAAAUGCAAACCUGGAUUAUCGGGAAGUUCAUCAGAUCAUAAGAGAGCUCUCUGUUGGAAUUUAUUGUUUGAAUCAAAUUCCUUCCAUCAGUUUAGAAAUUAAUUAUGAUCAAAGCUCAUUCUGCCAGCUGCCUCCAGCUUAUUUUGAUACUCGAAUUGGACAAAUUCUAAUUAAUGUUGACUACAUGAUAAAAGCACUCUGGCAUGGAAUAUAUAUGUCAAAAGAAAAAAGGAUGAGGUUCUCUGAAAUGUGGCGCUCCCUUAUGGAUGUUGAUGGUGAAGGGAAGCCUCAAACAGAUAAAGAUAUCUUUGCAGAGUUUAAUGCAGCAGGUCUCGUUGAUCUCACAACGGAUCCAGAUUAUGAUGGAAUAUAUGAUGAAGAUAUGAAUGAAGACCCAACCUAUGAUCCUAAUAGCCCUGAAGAAAAAUCAGUAUUUAUGAAAUAUGUUGAAAAUAUAAAACUAAAGCUGACAUUUAGCAACACACUAGUUCAGCAAUAUGAAAAUGUCUUCCUAUUUGAAACAGCCCAUUGGUUUACUAAUGCAAUAAGACAUACCGAAGAGUAUCUUGAUAUUUGUACCUAUCAGAGAAUUCAGCAACGAUUAGCUCUUCAUAAAAAACUUAUAGAAAAACAUUUUGAGAAGAAAACUGAAAUGCGGCAAAAUAUGGCAUAUCUAAAAUUAAUAUGCUUUAUGAUUCCAUUCUUGCUUAGCUUAAAAAAGAAGAUGAAAGUUCCAAACUUAAGUACCCUGCUUCCAUCAUUUUCAGAUGACAAAGUCAAGACAGAACGUGAAUUACCACCAUUUAUUUGUGGAGCAAAUUUUAAGUGCCAGCAUUUUCAUUAUGCAGCGAAUCAAUAUUUCCAUCUCCAUGGAGGAGUUGAAUUUGAUAUUGGAACACCUCCAGUUGAGGACAUUACAGAAGCCUUUCAGGAGAUAUAUGAAAAAUUGCAAGAUUAUGCUUCCCAAUCAUUUUCAGAUUUAGGAUACAAAGAAUUCUACCCCAUACCAGUCAUGGAAUAUAAUGGAAAAAGCUACUAUAUAAUCUAUUUUGAACUUGAAACGUUCUACCAGCAGUUAUAUAAGACUCAGUGGUGGGGAGCCAUAAAUGAGAUUAUCAACAACCUUAGACCCAAAAGACUUCCACUGUCAGACAUUCAAUUACAUGAGCAAUUCAAGAAAAAAUUUGGCUUCAAAAAAGCUAUGAAGUGCAAGAGUUUGCCCUAUGGUAUGAGGUGUGCUGUUGAAAGAGGAUUAACUGCAGUCUUCCAUACAUUCUGUCGAAAAACUUCAUCUUCCACUAUCAAUAUAAUAGAUGAAUUGGGUUAUUCUAAUCUUCAUCAUGCUGCUCUACACAACAGAGUGUCAAUUAUAUGCCUGCUGUGUAAUGCUAAUGUGAAUGUUAACCAGAGAAGAUUUAUGAUGAGCAGUCAAGGUACUGGAAAAGAGUCUGCCAAAUCAGAUGUGAAAAAGGAAAAGAAUGGUCCAACACCCCUGCACCUUGCAGCUCAAGCUGGCUCAUUAGAAGCAACUAUCUGUCUCCUGGGUCACAAAGCCGAUUAUACCCUAUGUGAAAGAAGAGGAUGGCUGCCUAUACAUGUGGCUGCUUUCUAUGACAAUAUUUGCAUCAUCAUUGUUCUCUGUAGAAAGGAUCCUAGUUUGCUAGAAGCUGAAACAGUAGCUGAAAAUCCGUGUACCCCAUUAUUACUUGCAGCCACAUCCGGAGCAUUAGACAGUCUCCAUUUUCUGUUUUCUCAUGGUGCUAAUUGGAAUAAAACAGACAGCAAAGGAAAUAAUAUAAUUCAUUUGUCAGUGCUAAACUUUCACACAGAAAUUUUGAAGUAUAUUAUUGAGUUAAAUAUCCCUGAACUCCCAGCAUGGAAAACCUUGGUAGAAAUGUUGCAGUCUGAAAGUUAUAAACGGAAGAUGAUGGCUGUCAUGUCCUUGGAAGUAAUUUGCUUAGCAAAUGAAAACUAUUGGAAGUGUAUUUUAGAUGCAGGAACCAUUUCUGUCUUGAUCCAGCUGUUAAAAAGUCACAAAAUGCAAUUGAAAUGUAAAACCACAGGGUUGCUGAGCAACAUCUCUACCCACAAGUCUGUUUGCAAUGCAUUAGUAGAAGCAGGAGGCAUUCCGGUGCUCAUCAACUUGCUGCUUUUGGAUGAGCCUGAGCUGCAAUCACGCUGUGCAGUUAUUCUCUAUGAUGUUGCUCAACUUGAUAACAACAAGGAUAUAAUUGCCAAACAUAAUGGAAUGGUUGCUCUGAUAAGUCUCUUGAAGUCAGAAGAAGAGAAGCUCCUGGUGAAUGUAAUGAAUUGCAUGAGGGUAUUGUGUAUAGGACAUACAGAAAAUCAGAAAGCUGUGAAAGAAAACAAAGGCAUCCCAUAUCUUGUUUCCUUUCUGAGUUCAGAAUCAGAUGUGCUGCAGGCUGUAUCUUCAGCUGCAAUUGCUGAAAUUUCUCGUGGAAACACAGAUAUGCAGGAUGCUAUAGCCAAGGAAGGUGCAAUCGCUCCUCUUGUAGCACUUUUUAAAGGAAAACAAAUUAGUGUUCAAGUGGAAGGAGCUAUGGCCGUAGAAGCACUGGCAAGUCAUAAUGCAACCAUUCAAAGAGGAUUUCUAGAAAGAUCAUUAACUAGAUAUCUUUUAAAACUCUUAAAGGCAUUUCAAUUACAUGUUAAGGAACAAGGGGCUACAGCACUGUGGGCCUUGGCAGGGCAAACUCUGAAACAACAGAAAUUUAUGGCAGAACAGAUUGGGUACAAUUUUAUAAUCAACAUGCUUUUGUCACCAUCAGCUAAAAUGCAGUAUGUCGGAGGUGAAGCAGUCAUAGCUCUCAGUAAGGACAGUAAAUUGCACCAAAACCAAAUAUGUGAAGGAAAUGGUAUUGCACCUUUGAUUCGACUACUGAGAAUCAACAAAAUAGCUGUGGGUACACUUUUGAGUGUUAUCAGAGCCGUGGGAACCAUAUGUAUUGGUGUGGCCCAUACAAGCAAUGCUAAUAGUCAGCAAUACAUUGUAGAUGAACAAGCCUUCCCCAUACUUAUUCAGCUCCUAAGAAAUCAUCCAUCACCCAAAAUUAAGGUUGAAGUAGCAUGUGCCUUGGCUUGUAUUGUCCUGAAGAAUGAUAAAUUGCAAGAUAUAUUGCAAGAAAAAGAAGGUUUUAAGUAUGAUGAUGUCCUCUAUCUUCUUCAUUCACCAGAUAAGGAUAUUUGCUUAAGAGCAGGCUAUGCAAUAACGCUUUUUGCAUUUAAUAAUCGCUAUCAACAAUAUUUAAUACUGGAAAGUGGAGCAAUUACAGUAUCUAUUUUUGAACCUUUUCUGAAAUCGGAUAUUGAGAUUGAAAGGGCAAUGGCAGCAUUUCAGGUAAUUGUGUUAGCCAAUGUUAUUGUAGAUAUGGAUCAUAUUACUUUAUCUGCAAGAGGUAUUACUAUUUUAGUUGAACUUCUGUAUUCAUGUAGGACAGCUACUCUGGUCUUAACAGGAAAUUUGAUAGCUAGCUUGACUCAUUGCAGAGCUGGUAUUACAGAAGGCUUUACUACAUUAAGGACAAUUCAAAGGCUUUGCUACCAUUUGUACUCAGAAAAAGAAGAGGUCCGUAUAGCUUGUGCCUGUGCUCUUGGCUACUUAACUUACAGUGCAAAUGCUUACCGACUCCUGUUAAAGGAAUGCAGAAAUAAGCCUAAUCAGUUCCUUCUUUUAAUGAAUAACAUCAGCAAAGAUGCAAGUAUCAACCCAGAUUUUGUAAAGGAAUUUCAAAUGCAAAAAAAAGUUGGGCUGCCUUCUAUAAGUCUAGAGAUAAAUGGAGGCCCAUCUGUAAAGCCUGUCUUUAAAAAAGGUAAAGAACACAGAAGAAAAGCAAAAGCUAGAAUUCAGCCUAAAGACUCUUUGCUUAUAAUACCUCGUACAAGCAACUUAAUAGGAAGACUGAAAGCAACAAGGUAUACUACUUCUCGUAAAAUGUUUUCUUUUUCAACUUCAGCUUCACCAGAUAUUAUAAAAGUCUCACGGCCAAGAGUAAUGGCUUUAAAUCAACUCAAGGAAAUUAAACAGAAGAAAGUUCCCAGUGACACUCAAGAAAAUGCUCAAACCACUUCAACAUGAAAACAUUCAUAGCUAGAGAGCCUGCUAGCAUUUUAAAACAGGAAUUUCCAAAUACUGAUAGUGAAAAAUAUGGUUCAGUGAAUAAAACUUUCUGUAGUAAAUGAGAAUAACCACACUCUAAUAAAGUUUCAUGAUGGACAUAAUAGCAACAAAUGAAUAUUUAUGUCAUAAAGUGUGUGU